CCGAGAAGUCGACCGCGUGGCGUCAACUUCGCGCCGCGCUCGCGGAGGAUACUGUAACCUCAAACGUGCGAGUCCUAACCUCUUCGCGCCUGGAAAUACCAGCGGAACGAGAUCUACCCUCGCGCGGGUGAGCUUCUCGAUCGCGUCUCCGGCAAAUCGCGCGCCUUCGUCGGGCGACUGAAAAUUCCCGACGCGAGAAAGGGAGACGGCGUGACCGUGCAACGUAGUUUCGCUUCUUUCGCGUUUAAAAAAAUAUCCAGCAUCGUGAAUCGUCGCCGAGGUCGGGCUCCCGCGAUCAACGGCGAGCCGGCACGCCCGGCACUGCGUAUCGCGUCUAUAUUUAACCCCCAAUGCUCCCAUUUACGUCGAAGAUGGCGCGCCCAAAAUAAACCCUCUAGAUGCUUCCACGUCUCUUUUUAACGCGGUUCUAGCUACGCUUGUACAAUUGGCGCGAGACACGACGUGCGAGCGGCUUCUGGAUCAGUCUGAGAACGAACGCGAGUCGAGCCGCGAGGCAACUUGCGAUUUAUAAUUGAAGUGACAAGAGGGUCCGAGCGUUGUCUGGAAAACUGGUUCUGAAACCUCCCAGUCGUCGGGAAUCGUAGAUUGUCAUCGAGAGAGUCCUUCCCGUCAUGACGAAGGCCGACAUGACUUCGCAGGAGUGGAAAGAGAAGGGCAACGAGGAGUUUAACAAGGGCAAUUGGUCGGAAGCCCUGAGCCACUACACAAACGCCCUGAAACUGGUGAAGGAGGACAGCGCCGAGAAGGCGGUGUACUACAAGAACCGAGCGGCUGCUUAUUUGAAGACGCACGAUUACGAAAGAGUAGUCGAGGACUGCGACAGCUCGCUAAAGAUAUGCUACAACGACCCCAAGGCGUUGUAUCGCAGGUGCCAGGCGCUGGAGGCGCUGGAGAGAUACGAGGAGGCGUAUCGCGACGCGAGGACUAUUAUUCUAGACGAUCCCAAUAACAAAAUUAUUCAGCCCAUUGCGGCGCGCCUGCACAAGAUCGUGCAGGAACGUCACAAGGAAAAUUCACGCAUUGGCGCCAAGGUAUCACAAAUGCUGGAGCUAGUAUUUAACGUGAGCGCAGACAGGGAGAAACGCGAGACCGCUAUGAACAAUCUGCUCGUGCUCGCACGUGAGCGAGCCGGUGCCGAUGAGAUCUUCAAAAGUGUCUCGAAAAUCGCGCAACUUGCGAGGGUCGAAAAGAGCGAGGAAGUGGUCUGUAGCGCGAUUUCCAUUGUCGGCGAGUUGUGCAAGAACAAUAUCGCCCGAACCGAGUGCAUUAUGAGAGUCGCCGGUUUGCCUUGGUGUCUGGAAAUGAUAAACAGCACGUCUACAAAGAGGGUCAACGCGUCUCAAUAUUGUUUACAGAUUAUAUUGAACACUUACAGCGGCAUGAGUAAUAAACCCGAUUCAAAACCCGACAAGGCUCUGUGCCAAACGCAUAAGACGGCAAUAGACUCGAUUCUGUCGUGCCUGUUGUGCAGUAUAACAAACAGAACGAUAACAGGCCUCGCUAGAAACGCAAUGAUAGAACUUGUCACGCACAACGUUCAUUAUACCGCGUUGGACUGGGCCGAACGGUUGGUCGAGCUUCGCGGUUUGCAGAGAGUGAUGGAGGUGGCCAGCGAGAUGGAGGAAUACAAGUACGAAUCCUCGAUGGACAUCACGUCUUCCACGCGAACUAUAACCAGCGUGUGCCUAGCGAAGAUAUAUGAGAACAUGUACUACGACGCGGCUAAGGAAAAAUUUAGCAACGCCAUUGAUGAAUUUAUUAAAGAUAAAUUGCUCUCGCCCGACAUAGAAUCUAAGGUGCGUGUCGUAGUUGCGAUAACAACCUUAUUAUUGGGCCCGUUGGAUGUCGGAAACGCAGUUGUGGCUAAAGAAGGGAUCCUAGAGAUGAUCCUCGUCAUGGCAGGAACGGACGACGUGCUGCAACAGAAAGUGGCCUGCGAGUGUAUCGUUGCCGCCGCGACGAAAAAGGACAAGGCCAACGCGAUCAUAAAUCAGGGUGUAAACAUACUGAAGAAGCUGUAUCAGUCUAAGGACGACUCGAUUCGUGUUCGAGCGUUAGUAGGCUUGUGCAAGUUGGGCAGUUCCGGAGGCACAGACACGACCAUCCGGCCGUUCGCGGACGGAGCGACGAAGAAAUUGGCCGAGGCUUGCAGACGAUUCUUGAUCAAUCCCAAGAAGGACAAAGAUAUGAGGAAAUGGGCCGUCGAAGGUCUGUCGUAUCUCACUUUCGACGCCGAGGUAAAAGAGAAGCUGAUCGAGGACCAGCAAGCCGUUGAAGCGAUGAUCGAGCUCGCCAGGACCAGCGACCAGUCGGUUCUCUACGGCGUGGUCACGACGCUGGUGAACCUGUGCAACGCUUACGACAAGCAGGAGCUCAUACCCGAGAUGAUAGAAUUGGCAAAGUUCGCCAAGCAUCAUAUUCCCGAGGAACACGAGCUGGACGACGUCGACUUUGUAAAUAAAAGACUGUGCGCGUUAGCGAAGGCCGGCGUGACUAGCGCCCUGGUGAGCCUCGCCAAAACGGAGAGCCAGAAUAGCAGGGAAUUGAUAGCUCGCGUUUUCAACGCGAUAUGCAGCCAACAGGAGGUGAGAGGAAUAGUGGUUCAGCAAGGCGGGACGAAGGCACUGUUGCCGUUAGCCCUGGAUGGCACGGACAAGGGAAAGAAGCAAGCCUCGCAAGCUCUGGCUCGCCUGGGAAUCACAAUCAAUCCGGAGGUCGCGUUUCCCGGCCAGAGGAUCAUGGAGGUUGUACGGCCGUUCGUAAAUCUCCUGAACCCGGAGUGCUCCGCUCUCGAGAAUUUUGAGAGUCUAAUGGCUCUGUGCAAUCUGGCUGGCGUCAGCGACAGCGUGCGGAAACGUAUACUGCAGGAGGGAGGAUUUCAGAAGAUCGAGGCCUACAUGUACGAGGAUCACGACAUGCUGAGACGCGCGGCUGCUCAAGUUAUGAACAAUUUGAUAAUGUGCGACGAUGUAAUCCGGCAUUUCGAGCAGGAAAAUGAUCGAGUUAAGUAUCUCGUGAUAUUGUGUGGGGAUGAGGAUCCGGAUGUUAGCAUAGCAGCGGCUGGGGCUCUCGCGAUGCUUACGUCGGCCAGCAAAAAGGCUUGCGAGAAGGUUUUCGACUCGAAAGACUGGCUGGAAACCCUGCACUUUUUACUCGCUAAUCCAAACAGCGAUAUACAACAUAGGGGUGUUGUAAUGGUGCUGAAUAUGAUGUCAAGUACGAAAGAAGUCGCCGCGAAGCUCAUCGAGACGGAUAUAAUGGAACUACUGAUGGCACUGAGCAAGAACGAUAACGUGCAAAACGAGACUAUCAGGAAAGUGGCAGCCACCGCUUUAGAAGUCGCUGCGACACAGAAGUUAAUCAAGAAAAACGUCGAAGAGAGCGAAUCGUUGCAAAGCACUAGUAAUAUAGAACAUGUCGAGUAAGAAAAUUAUAACAUGAACAUUUAGACAACAUUGAGAUCUAAAUGUCGUAUGCGUUCCUCGUAUUUCGAAUUAAGUGCCUUAAAUGAACAAAUGAAACAAUUAGGUUUCUGUAACUUUAUCGUUUCAAAUGUAUCAAUCAGAUAUAUUUUGUGCGUACAUUUUUGAAAGUAUAUUACCGUGCAGCAUACAUACAGUUCAUGUAUUAUAUAAAUUAGAGCAACAUUAAUGUUGUAUAAAAUACAUGAACGGAAAUACGGUAUCGUAAAAUAUCUUAUUUAAUUAAAAUAUAUUUAGUCUCGUGAAAUCAUAAUUAGGAUAGAAAAUCACUACUGCAUCUAUUUGUAUGAGAAUAUAUUUAAAUAUAAUAUUACAUACUUAGAGAUAAUAUUGUACAUUUUGUUGCAGUUAUGCCAUGCAGUAAAAGCCAACAUGAACAC